CUCCCCAAAUCCUGUCACAGUUCUCUCUCUCUCUCUCUCUCUCUCUCUCUCAUUUUCCACAAAACUUAUAGAUGGAGUUCAUAGCAUAUGAUGAUUUCUUGCUGAUGAUCAUACCCAUAGUGGUGUAUUGGGUUUACUCAGGGAUCUACGAGGUGCUGGGUUCCUCGGAGAAGUACAGGUUGCACUCCAGGAGAGAUGAGGAGACCAAGAACUUGGCUUCGAAGAGAGCUGUGUUGAAAGGGGUCCUCUUCCAGCAGGCGCUUCAGGCAACCAUCACUGUGGUUGUCACAAAGCUGACACACGAGGACGCCAAGCCGGAGACCAGCACAAACACGUCGUGGUUUGCGGCGGCAAGCCAGUUCAUGGUGGCCAUGAUCGUCUUCGACACAUGGCAAUACUUCGUGCACAGAUACAUGCACCACAACAAGUUCCUCUACCGCAAGUUCCACUCGUGGCAUCACCGGAUCGUCGCCCCCUACGCCUUUGCUGCGCAGUACAACCACCCGGUGGACGGCAUCAUCACCGAGACCGUCGCCGGCGCGCUGGCUUACUUCGUGUCAGGGAUGUCGAAGACGACGGCCACUCUCUUCUUCUCCUUCGCCACCGUCAAGGGGAUCGACGACCACUGCGGGCUGAUGCUUCCGUGGAACCCUUUCCACAUCCUGUUCGGGAACAACACGGCGUACCAUGACAUCCAUCACCAGCUCGCCGGCAACAAGCGCAACUUCGCGCAACCCUUCUUCGUGACAUGGGAUAAGAUAAUGGGGACUUACGUGCCUUACGCUGUGGUGAAGAGGGAGAAUGGUGGAUUCGAAGCCCGCGUAGCAAAACACUGAUGCUGUCCUUUGCUUCUCUGUGUUUUAGAAUUAAUUUAGUCAGACCGAAUAAAUUGAGUAUGUAAGAAAGAAAAACUCAUAAUUAUGUUAUUAUUAUACGAAAAUUUUUAUUAUUAAAGACUUCA